AUGUACCCAGGCGGUGAGACGGGAGAGCGCGAGCUGUUCGCCGUUGGCAGCAUCAUCGUCAAGUCGAGCCCCAUGAGAGAAAUUGCAGAGUGUAAAGAGAUUGGCUACGCGUAUGCCGAUGCAAAUGAGGUGCAAGCACGAGAGAUACUCCGACAGCUGCACGACAUCACGCCUGUCGAUAAAUACCAGAUCCGCUCCCACUUCGUGUCUGAUCCUGACAUUCUCACCAAUGGCCGUAUCCAGCCCCUAGAACGCGAUAUUCUCUUCUCCGAUAUGAAUCACGACCCAGGUAUGAACUUCAUGCACAAUGACCUCACUAUGUCCAACUUGAUAGUUGACGACGACAAAAUUGUGGGGCUCAUUGAUUGGGAAAUGGCCGGCUUGUUUGGCUGGAGAACGGCUGGAGAAGUUCACCGCAAGGUCAGACCGCAUGAGGAUCCAUUUUGGAAAGACCUCUAUGAGGGAGACGUGCCUAAUCCUUGA